AUGGUGCUGUGUCGUGUCAUGUGUCGUCUAAUGGUGUGUCGUCAUGUGUCGUCUAAUGGUGCUGUGUCAUGUCAUGUGUCGUCUAAUGGUGCUGUGUCGUGUCAUGUGUCGUCUAAUGGGAGUCUCCAGGCCACAGGAGUCUCGGGCCAGGGGAGUCUCAGGCCACAGGUAGUCUCAGGCCACAGAGUCUCAGGCCACAGGGAGUCUCAGGCCACAGGGGUAUCAGGCCACAGGAGUCUCAGGCCACAGGGGUCUCGGGCCACAGGGAGUCUCCAGGCCACAAGGGGUCUCAGGCCAGCAAGUCUCGGGCCACAGGAGUCUCGGAGCGGGAGUCUCAGGCCACAGGGAGUCUCGGGCCACAGGAGUUUCAGGCCACAAGGAGUCUCGGGCCACAGGGAGUCUCGGGCCACGGGAAUCUCAGGCCACGGGAGUCUCAGGCCACAGUCUCAGGCCACAGGAGUCUCAGGCCACGGGAGUCUCAGGCCACAGGAGUCUUCCUACCACAGAGUCUCUGAGCCAGGGAGUCUUGGGCCACAGGAGUCUCAGGCACAGGAGUCUCAGGCCACAGGGAGUCUCAGGCCACAGGGUCUCGGGCCAGAGGAGUCUCGGGCCAGGGAGUCUCCAGGCCACAGGGUCAGCAGGCCACAGGGGUCUCGGGCCACGAGGAGUCUCAGGCCACAGGAGUCCCAGGCCACAGGGAGACUCCGGGCCACAGGGGUCUCGGGCCAGGGAGUCUCAGGCCACAUGGAGUCUCAGGCCAGGGAGUCUCGGGCCACAGGGUGUCUAGGCCACAGGAGUCUUAGGCCACAGGGAGUCUCAGGCCACAGGAGUCUCGGGCUGAGGUCUCAGGCCACAGGGAGUCUCCAGGCCACAGGAGUCUCAGGCCACAGGGAGUAUCAGGCCACAGGGAGUCUCAGGCCACAGGAGUAUCCAGGCCACAGGGAGUAUCAGGCCACAGGAGUCUCAGGCCACAGGAGUCUCAGGCCACAGGGGAGUCUCGGCCUGGGGUAUCUUACAGGAGUCUUAGGCCACGGGAGUCUCAGGCACAGGGAGUCUCAGGCCAGGGGUGUCUUAGGCCACAGGGAGUCUCAGGCCACAGGGGUCUCGAGCCACAGGGAGACUCAGGCCACAGGGGAGACUCUGGGCCACGGGGGUCUUGGGGCCAGGGGAGUCUCAGGCCACAGGAGUCUCGGGCCACAGUCUCGGGCCACAGGAGUCUCUGGCCACAGGGAGUCUCAGGCCACAGGGAGUCUCAGGCCACAGGGAGUCUCGGCCUGGGUAGUCUCGGGCCACAGGAGUCUUGGGCCACAGGAGUCUUGGGCCACAGAGGUCUCACCGGAGUCUCAGGCCACAGGGUGUCUUAGGCCACAGGGAGUAUCGGGCCACAGGAGUCUUAGGCCACAGGGGUAUCGGGCCACAGGAGUCUUGGGCCACAGGAGUCUUGGGCCACAGGGAGUCUCAGGCCACACGGUUGGCUGUAUGCCUGUCUGCUACUUAAUCCUGGUGGUUUAA